AUGGUUCCUGUAUGGUUGAGGACACAAAUAACCGAUAUCAAGACUGGUCUAUUGUACUACCUGGUAAAAGACAAGGUUGAUCAACUUGUCUCACAUGCCUCCACGGUCGGCGGAUACUUCCUACUCGGCAACGCUUUCAUGCUAAGCCUCUACAUUCACCCGACAAAGGUCAUGUUCCUGAUGCUCCUUUGGAAGCUCUUGAUUGCUUUAAUGACCCUAGCAAUCAAAUACAAAUUCGAGUACAUUAUGCGGAGUUAUUACGACUUGGCUAUACCGGACAUUGUUCCAUACAUAGCCAUAUUACAGAUUCUGUACUACUCGCUGCUUCUGAUGACGACGGACCUGAACAACAGCGGGAACGUUGAUAUCGUCAUGUUCAUAACGUUUGACCUGGUCGGAUGGUACUUGUUGGGCAUGGCCUACAAUCAUAUAACAUGCCUGAUAAAGGUGGGUUCUGAGACGGGAUACAACACCUUCUUUUUCUACAAUCACUGCUGGGUUCACUUCACCUUGUUGAUGUACUGCACAUUGACGCUGAUGGUGGGGUAUACAUUCCUGCACAAAACAGCUCGUGAGGCUGCCGAGAUCGACUUGCUCAUCGACGAAUCGCAGCAAUACUCCAGUUACUAUCAGUCGAAACUGGAUCAGAUGUACAAGAAGAUGGUGGUGUCUAAAAAAUCUUCCAGCAAUGACAUUGACACGUUCGAGCAACUGAAGCAGAACAUGUAUUACUACGACAAUCUGCGCCAGGGUAUGAUCGAUGAGAUAGUCACCAAGUAUAUCUCAAUGUUCAUCUAUUCCAUGGUGUACUCCUGCUUGUGCUUCAAUGUCUUCAUGGUAUCCGUAUCACAGACAUACAACAAGAUACCGUACAUCCCAAAUAUUACAAACGAUAUGAGGGGCGAGAUGCAAUACACCGAGGACAAGCCUGCAAACAAUUGCAUCGGGAACCACGGGAACAUCAACAAGGUGCGCCUAUGGGAGGUAGCACCCUAUCUUUCCGAGUACGUACUCUACUCUCGCCGCAUCGUGACAUACAUCAUCGUUGCGGUGAACUGCAUCGUCUUGGCCUUGCUCAGCGAUGACGACAUGGUCAUACAAAGCGUUCUCCCCCUCUUCAGCAUCGGCGUGGUUUAUUACCGCACCGCCAACGUGCGCACCGUCUCCAACACCAUGGGUUGCUUCUUGAAGCCUGGCAUCUAUGACCCAAGUCUGGAUGUAAUCAUCAUGUCCCCAGCUAUGCUCAUCGCCCUGAUGGCAUUCUUCUAUGCAAGCUGCGGAUGGAUCUUCAAGUAG